GGAGGGCGCUAGGACCCAGCGGCCGGGCCUCUGCGCCCCGCUGACGGUCUGCAGGCAGACGUGCGUCCCGGAGCACGACUCGGUGCUGAGGCAGGAGGCUGGAGGAGGGACCGCGCGCUCUGCUUCACCAGCCGUUUCUCUCACCGCCUCUAUUAAGGCACAGCCAUAAAGCAGCAUGGGAGGCGUGGCAGUGGACAUGGGUCCAGAAGGUGUGAAGGCUCCAGAUGGAGGUUGGGGCUGGGCUGUGCUGGCUGGAUGUUUUGUCAUCACUGGCUUCUCCUAUGCCUUCCCCAAAGCUGUCAGUGUGUUUUUCAAAGAGCUGAUCAGGGAGUUUGGUGUGGGAUACAGCGACACUGCCUGGAUCUCGUCUAUCCUGCUGGCCAUGCUUUAUGGCUCAGGUCCUCUAUGCAGCGUGCUGGUGAACCGCUUUGGCUGUCGGCCAGUUAUGAUGGUGGGAGGCCUGUUGGCCUCUCUGGGAAUGAUCUUGGCCUCCUUCUCCACCAGCAUCAUCCACAUCUACCUUACAACUGGAGUCAUCACAGGUAUGGGAUUAGCCCUGAACUUCCAGCCGUCUCUGAUCAUGCUGAACCGUUACUUCAGUGAGAAGCGUCCUCUGGCCAACGGCCUCUCAGCAGCUGGAAGUCCUGUUGCCUUAUGCUGCCUAUCUCCGCUGGGCCAGGUCCUUCAGUACCAGUAUGGAUGGAGGGGUGGCUUCCUCAUCCUCGGUGGUAUUCUUCUGAACUGCUGCGUAUGUGGAGCCCUCAUGAAGCCUCUGGUCGGCCCCAAAACCCUCAAGUCUGUGAGUCAGGGACAGGGCGAUGACCAUGGAUCAGACGGGGAGAAGAAGAAGGCCAAACCCAGACUGCUGGACUUCUCUGUGUUCAAAGACUGUGGCUUCGUCAUCUACACGGUGGCAGCAUCCAUCAUGGUUCUGGGGCUGUUUGUGCCGCCGGUGUUUGUGGUGAACUACGCCAAGGAGCUGGGAAAUGAGGACACCAAGUCUGCCCUGCUGCUCACCAUCCUGGGUUUCAUUGACAUCUUUGCACGGCCCACCUGUGGGGUGAUUGCUGGACUGAAAUGGGUUCGGCCUCGUUGUGUCUACCUGUUCAGCUUUGCCAUGAUCUUCAAUGGAGCCACAGACCUGGUUGGCUCACAGGCUAAUGACUACGCUUCUCUGGUGGUCUUCUGCAUCUUCUUUGGAAUCUCCUAUGGGAUGGUGGGAGCACUGCAGUUUGAGGUUCUGAUGGCAAUAGUUGGUACUGAGAAAUUCUCCAGUGCCAUUGGCCUGGUCCUACUCAUGGAAGCUGUUGCAGUACUGGUGGGACCACCAGGUGCAGGCCGACUGCUUGAUGCUACCAAGAACUACAUGUACGUGUUCCUGCUGGCAGGAAGUGAGGUUGUGCUCUCUGCUGUGGUUUUGGCUACUUGCAACUUCCUCUUUAUUAAAACGAAGCCGUCUGCGCCUGCUGACAACCCCGAGAGCAUCACAGUGACGGAUGACUCCUUCACAAAGGUGUGCAGCAAAGGUGCCGAGGGGAACGAUGAGGUGGAGAAAGGAGCCAGAGAGGAGCACGAGAAGGAGGCGAUAAAGGAGGAGGAGGACAGAGACAGGACGGACAAAGAUGACAUCAGGCCAAACAGUGUAGCCGUGAACUCGGAGGAGGUGGAGAGAUUCUUGAAAGAACCACAACAAAAUGGCAGCAUGGCUCCGAGUCCUGAAACAUGUCUGUGAGGUCAUGUGAGGCUUUACUAACCAGACAGCUCGAUGACCUCCAACCCCACACGCCCCAUAAUUCAGUGUGUUAUUAAGAUGUUUGUGUUUUUUGCACGUGGGGCUGCAGCUGAUGCCACUGCCAUGUGAAGUACUAAGUUAAGCCAGUGUGCUGAGACUAAUGAUAGAGGGACAGAAGAGCUCAGUGACAGCACUGCCAUGUGUUUCUGCCAGAGGUGUCUGGUUCUAGAUGUGGCUACCACCAAAUAAAGUUAAAGGAUAAUGUUGUCAAGAUCCUGUAUUGGUGCAUUUUUGUCAACAAAUCACAUGAGAAAACCUUUCAGUACAAAUGGAUAAACAAUCAAAUGAGGAAAAUUAAAAACCUUCACCAGACCAUCAGAAGGACAAUAAGUGUACACACAGAAAGUGCAAUCUUUUUUUUUUUUUUUUUUUUAAGAAGAUAAGUUUACCUAUUUGACAUCUUCUUUAAUAAGAUCUGAUGUUCCAACAUGGGAUGAGAGAUGAAUGCCUGCUGGGGUAUUACCUCUUCAUGGUAUUCGUUAUAAAGACAAGAAGUUCAGGAUCAUCCCAGCUUUAACCUUUAACAAUCCUAACCCUAACACGCUGCUUUUCAGUGUCAGACAAGCUUACAUCUCACUGUGUAUGUAAAAACAUGACCGUUAAGGCUUAAAUUAACUUUCUUUUCUUUACAUGUUGUAACUGAAGCAGAGAGUAUCUGUGCUGCUGUAGCUCAGGCAGGUUAAAUGGUGUUAGAAGUUUCAGUGUUGCAGCUGCGUGAGAACUGUUGCUGGUCUUGUGGUCGCUUUGUGACUCCUGACUUGGUCCAGUUGUUCUCCACAUCGGUCAUUGCUGUGAUGUUUACGGCCUAAAUCGGAGGAAGUUGGGACAAACGUGGAAAUGCUGUGAUUCAAAUAGCUGAUUUAUUACUUUGCAGACAGCAGAAAGAUGUUUCAUGUUUGGUCUCAUCAACUUCAUCCGUCAAUAUUCCUUCAUUUUACAUCUCAGACCUGCAACUUUCGAGAAAAACUGGUUCAGUGAACCCUGGUCUGACCUCGUACCGUCAGAACCCUGGUCCGAUCUUGUACCGUCAGAACCCUGGUCCGAUCCUGUACCAUCAGAACCCUGGUCCGACCCUAUACCAACAGAACCCUGGCUAGACCCCAUACCAACAGAACCUUAGUUCGACCCCUUACCGUCAGAACCCUGGUCCGACCCUGUACCGUCAGAACUCUGGUCCGACCCCUUACCGUCAGAACCCUUAGUCCGACCCCUUACCGUCAGAACCCUGGUCUGACCCCUUACCGUCAGAACCCUUGUCCGACCCUGUACCGUCAGAACUCUGGUCCCACCCCUUACCGUCAGAACCCUUAGUCCGACCCUGUACCGUCAGAACUCUGGUCCGACCCCUUACUGUCAGAACCCUGGUCCGACCCCUUACCGUCAGAACCAUGGCUAGACCCCGUACUGUCAGAACCCUGGUCCGACCCCUUACCGUCAGAACCCUGGCUAGACCCCGUACUGUCAGAACCCUGGUCCGAUCCUGUACCGUCAGAACCCUGGUCCGACUUCAUACUAUCAGAACCAGGCUUUUGGACUUGUUCCUGACACCAGUCUGGAUGCUCUUUUUGCUCUUUCCUCUGUUUCUUCUAAGAAAGAUCUGGAAUACUCAGUGGUCUGGCCACAGUCCAGGUUUCCACUGGGUGAUGGUCCAUCCCAGAUGCCUCCCAGUCUUGAGAAGUUGACGCUGCCUCUGGAAUUCUGGACCAGCAGCUUUCUUUCUGUUCAACAAAGUAAUCUGUGAAUGUAACUCUGUAUUAUAGUUAAUGAUAAUUUCCAUGUUAAUCCUUGUUCAUGGGGUUCCGUUAGCUGGUCCGAUGGAUGAUGCAGGUCCAUCUGAGGGAUCAGAGAGAGAGAGAGAGAUCGUUUUCCACAUAUUUUGCAGGGACUGGUCCAGUUUAGACUUUUUCCCUUUAUCUUUACACACUGUAAUUCCUCCAGAGUGAUUGAAUGGUUUAAUGAAAGGAAAGAAACCCUUUCAGGUUUUCUUUGAGGAACUUUGUUUUGAAACAGUUUAAUAAGUUCCUGUUUCUCCUCUGAACAUCUUUGAUCCUCAAAGACUAAUCUACCUCCUUCUCCUUCAGCUCCUGAGGUUUUACCUCACCUUGCAUACUGCCAUCUUUUGAAUUCACCCCAUUCCUCAGAGUCUGUUUAGCUUUACCGGUUUUACAUGGAUCCCGCUGAUCACAAUCAUCAAAAAACAUGAUUUUUUUUAUUUAAUGUCAUCACCAGCCCCAGACUGCCUCUGCCCCAACUAUCUUUGUUUUUAUAAUGUGUUGCAGGUCUGGAAUGAAUAUUCUAUGUUUUUUCUGUUUUUCUAAACAAAUUAGAUUAAAUUGGUGAAAAACAUAAAAUAUUUUGGGUUUAUUCUGCCUGCAAUUAAAUAAGUCAAAAGUAAUUUUUUAAAAUGAUAUUUUCCAUUCCAUCCUGACUUAAUCCUGUUAGAUGUGGUAAAUAAAUGCACAUUUACUUUGGCGUGUUAUUGUCAGGCUUGUUUGUGUGACUGUUUGCUUUCAGAGCUGAACAACACUGCACAUCAACAAGAAGAGUAUUUGUGGAACAACAUGUUGUCUCAGAUGUAGCUUACUGCUCAAAGAAGCAUCGUGUCUCUCAUCAUUAGAGAUUUGAUGUUUUGUCUUGAACUCGUACUGCCUAAAUGUUUUGUAACAUCUGUGUUCUUUGUGUGUUUAAACAGAAUAUUAAAGGAUAUUUUUGUUGUCUAA